AAUAAUUAUUGUAAUUGGACAUUAAACCGUGACACUUUCCAAGUCAAAGUACGAUUCUUGUUUUUUUAGAUUAUUUUUAAUUAACUGUUGUCAUUACAAUAAGAUAAAUAUUUUAAUUAUCAUUGACUUUCAUGACAGUUUUUCAAUCUAUUUACAAUAUGAUAAAUACAGGAAAGCUUGCGGGUCGCACAAUUUUCAUUACUGGAGCGUCAAGAGGAAUUGGAAAAAGUAUUGCUUUGAAAGCUGCAAAAGAUGGAGCAAAUAUUGUUAUUGCAGCCAAGACAGCAGAACCGCAUCCAAAAUUACCAGGCACUAUAUAUACUGCUGCCAAAGAAAUCGAACAAGCAGGUGGAAAAGCAUUACCUUGUAUUGUUGAUGUAAGAGACGAAACACAAGUAGUUUCUGCGGUAGAAAAUGCUGUUAAUACAUUUGGUGGUAUCGAUGUUGUUAUUAAUAAUGCAAGCGCAAUUUCUUUAACAGGCACAUUGCAGACUGAUAUGAAAAAAUAUGAUCUUAUGAAUAAUAUCAACACCAGGGGAACAUUUUUAGUGUCAAAGAUAUGUUUGCCCUAUUUAAAAAAAAGCACAAAUCCUCAUAUAGUAAACAUAAGUCCACCGUUAAGUAUGAGACCAAUAUGGUUUAAAAAUCAUGUGGCAUAUACAAUAUCUAAAUUUGGUAUGUCAAUGUGUGCUCUUGGAAUGGCAGAAGAGUUCAGAGAAGAUGGUAUAGCUGUGAAUGCUGUUUGGCCAAAAACUGCUAUUCAUACUGCUGCCAUUGAAAUGCUAUCUGGGCCUGCAUCUAGUAGUUUUAGUCGCAAACCUGACAUAAUGGGAGAUGCUGUGUAUGCUUUAAUCUGUAAAGAUAGCAGAUCUAUUACAGGACAAUUUUUAAUUGACGAAGUACUAUUAAAAAAUGAAGGGAUUACUGACUUCACCAAUUAUGCAUGCGAUCCAACGAACAAAGACAAACUGAUGUUAGAUUUCUUCUUAGAAGAAAAUUUAGAUUUACAAGAUGAGAUGAAAAUUAUUACUAUGCAAACUAAUGUUACUACACAGGAUGCUAAUAAAUCAAAUACAAAAAUUGCACAAAUAUUCACUGCCAUUGAAGCGAAUUUAAAUAAUGAACUUGUUAACAAAACUGGAGCUAUUUUUCAGUUUAAUGUUAAAGGUGAUGAAGCUAGUAUAUGGUUUCUGGAUUUGAAGAAUGGAAAUGGCUCUGUAGGAAAAGGAGAGCCUACACACCCACCUGAUGCUGUACUAACAAUGGACUCUCAAAACUUUUUCGCAAUGUUUUCUGGAAAAUUGAAACCUGCAUCUGCCUUUAUGAUGGGAAAAUUAAAGAUCAGCGGUAAUCUUCAAAAAGCAAUGAAAUUAGAAAAAUUAAUGUACAAUUUAAAGUCUAAACUUUAAAAGUUAAAAGAUGUUAUCCUUUUUGAAAGAACGUUUAUAUGUUUGUAUACAAAUGUUAUGAAAUGUUCAUAUUG